GUCGACCACACUGUUGGAAGAGCUGGUCCUUGGAAUUUCCCCUUUCGCUGCACCAGAAGCAGCUGCAGAUUUUAUGCCGUGGACUGCACCUUUUGCGAGCCGGUGGUCGCUUGGUCUAUUCCACUUGCAGCAUGAACCCCAUCGAAAAUGAGGCUGUGGUAGCUGCAGCCCUUGCGCGUUUCGGAGGUGAUGUGUCGUUGCUGCCCAUGUCCGACCAUUGCCCAAAAGACCUGGAAGUAUCGGCAUGCCUUCAGAGUUGGUGGGUACCAGACCCCGAAGAACCAGGAUGCGGUGCGCAACAUGCCUAGAGGUGUCUACUACAAGACCUGGGCAGACGUGCCGGUCUCCAAGCGAAAGCCC